UCAUGGUCGCUAAUUUGGGUUUGAGAAAAGGCGCAUGGACUGCAGAAGAAGAUAUCCGUCUGAGUCAGUGCAUUGGCAAGCAUGGACAAGGAAACUGGCACCAAGUUCCUCUCAGAGCAGGAUUAAAUAGAUGCCGGAAAAGCUGUAGACAGAGGUGGUUGAACUAUCUACGACCCAAUAUCAAGAAAGGGAACUUCUCAACAGACGAAGUGGAUCUAAUGAUCAGACUCCAUAAGCUCUUAGGAAACAGAUGGUCGUUGAUUGCCGGAAGGCUUCCGGGAAGAACAUCUAAUGAUGUGAAGAAUUAUUGGAAUACAAGCUGCAUGCACAAAUACAGGAAAGAAAUUAAGCCAGUACUUGACAUGAAGAAGGUGAGCGUGAUAAAACCUCAACCCCGGGUCUUGUCCAAAAAUUUAACUGUGUUAAAUGGGAAACGGCCUUCAAUCAAAGAAACCGUCUUUCAACCAGAGGAUGAUGUUAGAAACAUUUCUCCAACAAUAUCAAUGUCGUCGAUGAAUAAUACAUGUAAAAGGUGGACAACGCAGUUAGAUAACUUGGAAGGCAACGAAAAAAUUACCUAUGCUACAGUAAGUACUGAGCUUGAUGAAGACCCAAAUCUUUGGUGGAAACACAUGUUAGAUGACUGCGAAGGUGAUGUUCAAAGAGCCACAUGCACCAUAAGUGGGCUCGAUGAAGAACCGAAUCUUUGCUGGAAAAACAUGUUAGAUGACUGCGAAGGUGAUGUCCAAACAGCAGCCACGUGUACCAUAAGUGGGUUUGACGAUCGAUAGCCGCAUGAGUAUUGAUUGGGGCGAACCAAACUUCACUGCCCGAUGCACAUGACUUAGUUGGGGCCACUGGCUGGCAGAUUUCAUGCAGUACGUACUGGGGCUGAUUUCUUUCUCUUUCAACAUUUUUGGUCCGUGAGAUUUUCUCAAUACAUGAGAAUAAUGAACGAUAUAUGACUGGAUGGCUGUGUGG